AUGAACAGGGUAUUUCGUUUGUGAGAAUAUCGGACUAGGCAUUUUUGUAAACCUAACAAUAUAUUACAUACACCAAUAAAUAACAAGAUAAGUAAAACAACGAACUAUUUUUUUGCCUUUUUAAAAACGAAUUUCGAGCGGAGGAUGAGCUUUGCUUCAAAAUUGGGUUUUUCAAUCGGGUGUUUACACCGUACGAAUUUGGCUCGUAACAUAAUUCAAAGGAAAAGCCAUGUAGUAUCUUACCGUAAUGGUCCCCCUCCCCAUUCAAAGGCAACUAAAAUUGGUGCUUUAACUGUUGGUGGAGCUAUGUGGUGGUGGGUAAUCUGGCACUUAUGGCAUGAACCUGACCACAUAACGGGGGAAUUCGAAUAUCCCAACUCAAAGAAAUGGAGCAACGCAGAGUUGGGUAUUCCAAAGGAUGGCUUUUAAAUAUUUUAUGUUAAAGCUUAUCCCAUAAAUAUUGAUUAAAAUGCGAUAUUUAGCCAUGUAGUUACAUUA